AUGGAAGAUGAUCUUGAUUUAGAUUUUUGGAAUUUAUGUGUAGAAGCGGGAGCAUUUUUUGAGAUUCUAGAACUUCUGGACUCAAAUGGCAGUAAAGUUGGUGCAGUGGCAGAGAAAAUUGACGAUAUAUGGAAUACUGCCCUUUCUUCUGUACGGUUUUCUGGUUGGUCAAAAACAGUCGAUCGCUUGAUCAAAGAUUACAAAAAUUGCAAAGAUCAUUAUGAAACAGGAUUGAAGAUUCAACAAACGUUGGAAAAAGUAUAUGAUUUUUCGACGAACAAAGUUAGGAGGCUGAUAAGAUUGUGCUCAAUUCACUGCGAUGUACAGAUGAUAAAGGAAGUAGGAUUCAUGUCUCAAUUGUUUGGCUACACAGGACCAAUUACAAUUUUAGGUUUUCUAGAAAAUCAACGAGCGAUCAUGGCCGCAGCAGCAGGGCGGCUCAAUCUUAAAAAGCAAAUUGUUGAUGAAGUUCCUCCGGUUCAAUUUGUAGAUAGACUAGCCAUUCCGCGUUGA